GCCUGUUUGGGACGUCUUGUAUUCACCAUUGGUGCGGCGUGGUGUUGCCACGAGGCCCCGCGACAAAUCCCGGGGCGACGGCAUCCCCUCCCGGCUACCCUCCUCACACAAAUCGCCUCUCUUCUCUUCCGACAACUCCCAAGCAGGCUACAGGCUGCCACUCCCGCCACCGCCGCGCCUCCUUCCACCUCCUUGCUGCCGCUGCCGCUAGGCUAGGUAAUAGGACCGGAGCUGCCGCGCCAUGGCCUCCGUGGCGGUCACCUCCACGCUGGCCGCGGCCCUCGCCGGCCGGCGACGCGUGCGGCUGCCCCCACGCCGGCCCGCGGUGGUGCGGUGCUCGCUCGACAGCAACGUCUCCGAUAUGGGUGUCAACGCUCCCAAAGGGUUGUUCCCGUCUGAACCGGAGCACUACAGGGGGCCGAAGCUCAAGGUGGCCAUCAUAGGGGCUGGCCUCGCUGGCAUGUCCACCGCCGUCGAGCUCUUGGACCAGGGUCAUGAGGUUGAUUUGUAUGAGUCCCGGCCAUUUAUCGGUGGUAAGGUUGGCUCGUUUGUUGAUAAGCGAGGAAACCAUAUCGAGAUGGGGCUGCACGUGUUCUUUGGGUGCUACAGCAAUCUUUUCCGCCUCAUGAAGAAGGUUGGCGCUGAUAGCAAUCUUCUGGUGAAGGAACACACCCAUACUUUUGUAAAUAAAGGGGGAGCGAUUGGUGAACUUGAUUUUCGGUUCCCGGUGGGAGCUCCAUUACAUGGUAUUCAAGCAUUCCUAAGAACUAAUCAACUCAAGGUUUACGAUAAAGCAAGAAAUGCAGUUGCUCUUGCCCUAAGCCCAGUUGUUCGGGCUCUGGUUGAUCCAGAUGGUGCAUUGCAGCAAGUGCGGGACUUGGAUGAUGUAAGUUUCAGUGAUUGGUUCAUGUCCAAAGGUGGUACUCGGGAGAGCAUCACAAGAAUGUGGGAUCCUGUUGCGUAUGCUCUGGGUUUCAUCGACUGUGAUAAUAUCAGUGCACGUUGCAUGCUUACUAUUUUCACCCUGUUUGCCACAAAGACAGAGGCAUCUUUGUUACGCAUGCUAAAGGGUUCACCUGAUGUUUACUUAAGUGGCCCGAUAAAGAAGUACAUAACAAACAGGGGUGGUAGGUUUCACUUAAGGUGGGGAUGCAGGGAGGUUCUCUACGAGAAAUCACCUGAUGGAGAGACCUAUGUUAAAGGCCUUCUCCUCUCCAAGGCUACAAGCAGAGAGAUAAUCAAAGCUGAUGCAUAUGUUGCAGCUUGCGAUGUCCCGGGGAUUAAAAGACUACUACCGUCAGAAUGGAGGGAAUGGGAAAUGUUUGAUAAUGUCUACAAGUUAGAUGGUGUUCCUGUUGUCACUGUUCAGCUUCGUUACAAUGGUUGGGUUACUGAAGUUCAAGAUUUAGAGAAAUCAAGACAACUGCAAAAGGCGGUUGGUUUGGAUAACCUUCUGUACACUCCAGAUGCGGACUUUUCCUGUUUUUCAGACCUUGCACUCUCAUCUCCUGCUGAUUACUACAUUGAAGGACAAGGUUCCCUGAUCCAAGCUGUGCUAACUCCUGGUGAUCCGUACAUGCCAUUGCCAAAUGAGGAUAUCAUUAGUAAGGUUCAAAAGCAGGUCUUAGAAUUGUUCCCAUCUUCCCGAGGCUUGGAGGUUACAUGGUCCAGUGUGGUAAAAAUUGGACAGUCUUUGUAUCGUGAGGCUCCUGGAAAUGACCCAUUCAGACCUGAUCAGAAGACGCCCGUUAAAAACUUCUUCCUGUCUGGAUCUUACACGAAACAGGACUACAUUGACAGCAUGGAAGGAGCAACUCUCUCCGGCAGGAGAACGGCAGCCUACAUCUGCGGUGCUGGAGAGGAGCUGGUGGCCCUCCGAAAGAAGCUAGUUGUCGAAGACGGUGAGAAGGCACUGGGUCAGGUUCAAGUCCUGCAGACUAGUUGAACAGCCCUGCACACAAGUUAGUUGGACCUUGCAAUCACACAUGCUGGAAUGGCCACACCAUAGCUCUGGGUGCAGGCGGUCACCGCUGCGAAUUCUUGUAAAUCCCAUCUGAGCAUUAGAUUUCCGCUGCCUCUUAGCCUCGACACGUCCCGUUGUGGCGUUUUCGAUUUAUAAUUCGCAACUAGGUGUCUAGGUGGCAUACGGGGUUACAUCAGGCAGCGUGUAUGUUCAGUUGGAGCUUGAUUAGGCAUUGGAACGAUUGGAUUGGUGAUAUAUAGUGCACACUGUUCUUACGUCUUACUAGGAAUAGCGAUAAUUUUAUCUGGGGAGAUCUGUUGAUUGAUUACUAUUGAACUUGUCAUCUA